UCGUUUUGUAUUGAUUUUAUAUAAUAGUGCUACCGAUAGUUUCUAAUCGUGUACAAUAAAAUUCAUUAAUAGCCGGUUGUGUGUUUAUUAGAUUUUUCAAUAAUACAAAUCUUACAAUGUGCGCGUUAAAAGAAUAUAAUUUAGAUGAAAUAAUACAAAAUGUUGCUCAGUCCUGUGAUCUCUUAGACUGGAACUAUUCAUUGCGUGAUUUUGAGAGUAUAGGCCAAAAUUAUUUCGGUGUUCUGGUGCCUCUUUAUUUAAUAGGUACUGAUGGCUCUGGAAAAGAGGUUAAGUUAUCGUUGGUACUAAAAUUGGCUCCCACUGAUAAGAGAUUUCGUCUUAGCGAUGCGGUCACGCGCAUGUUUGACCGAGAAAUGUUUGUAUACCGUGUGGUCUUGAGCAAAUAUAGAGAAAUACAGAAAGGUUUAUCUGUCGUUCACUUUGUUGUACCUACGUGUUAUUAUAUACACCAAAAAUAUUGUGAAGAGGUUAUAGUCAUGCAAGACAUGCGUGAAGAUGGCUACAUACCUUAUACUGGGCAGACAUUUUUGGAUUUGGAUCACACGAUUGUAUCACUCAAAUCGUUAGCAAAGUUUCAUGCAUUGUCAUUCAUAUUAAGACAAAUCGAUGAGAAACUAUACACUGAGAUUAAACAGAAAUGUGUACCUCUAAGCGACUUGACUGAUAAAAGGUUUUUGGAAGUGUUAAAUGACAGACUUUUAAAAGCACUGGAGAAGUUUGCUGAUACAGAAUAUGUAUCACUGUUGUCAAACUUACAGCGAAACUGUGCCGAAUAUAUCAAACAGACUGUAGAAUUUACGGCAGCAACUUGCAUUUGCCAUGGUGACAUGUGGAAAGAAAAUAUUCUUUUUAAAUACAGAGAUACGAAACCUGUCGAAGCAUGUAUUAUUGACUAUCAGACCACUCGUACUUGCAGCCUGGCUUAUGAUGUUCUCUACCUUAUAACAAGUAGUACAGAUUCAACUUUGAGAAGACAACAUUAUGGACAACUCUUGGAUACUUAUUAUGAAACGUUUGACAACUAUAUCAAGACUGCUGGAUAUGGUACCGAAACUUUAUACCCUAGGACUUCAUUCGAUAACGACUUGAAAGUGGUUGCUCCGGCAUGCCUCAUUGUGGCUAAUACUGCUUUGUGGUUAUCCAAUGGUUUGCAACAGGAAGGUCACGUUCGAAGUAAAAACAUACCGUCCACACAUGAAGAAAUGUCAACUGCUGUGCAGAAAUAUACAUCAGUAGUAAAAAAUAUAAUUGAUGAUUUCUCUAUGUAUGGUUAUUUGAAUGUUUGAUUAAGUCAACUUUGUUGUUUUUCUUGAAA